AACGUUUGCCACUAGUUCCUAAAUCCCAGACGCAUGGGACGCCCCUUUUCCUUGAGAAAGCAAAACCUGAGGCUCCUUGCGAUGUUGAGGACGGAAGUACAGUAUGGACCACGCAACAGAGGGCCUUCAAUAGUGGGUCGUCCAGGUUCCAGCGGGGUAUAGCUGCAGUGCAGCGCCUUCCUCAGUGGCUCAGCACGCAGGACGCUGCAGCCGGGACGGCACACAGAAUGGAAGUACCAGGAGAAUCGAGAGGUAGCAAUGGCGAGGCGGAAGCGAUUGAGGAGGGGAGCGGGCGAGAACGAGCGCAACGGCAAUCGCUCCAGCCACCUCAACCCCCCACCGUCGCCGCUGCACGUCCCGUUACGGUCCACGCGUUCCCGUCGGGCGGGUACGUGUGGGACGUGGCGGCGGCGGAGCGGAUCCGCGCGGAGCACGGGAUAGUGGGCGCCAUGGCGGGCGGCCUCCCGGGCUUCGCGCUGCAGAACAAGGUCAAGGGCCUGCCGCUGCUGCUGUCGCAGGAAGAGCUCGCCGCAGCAGCGACCAUAGGCGUCGCACGGCUGCGACUCCGCGGCGACGCUCCGGACGCUGAAGCGGCCUCGCAUGCCGCAGCCCAGGCGCGCGAGCAGCAGCAGCAGCAGAGUCCGGUGCUGCCUGCAGCGUCUCGCACGCGGACAAGCGAGGCUGGUAGAGAGCAUGCCCGGGUGGAGCGCAAAGCGAUGGAGCAGCCGACUCCAUCUCCCUGCGCCCACCCGCGCCUGCUCGCCUCUGCCUGCCCUCACCACCCGCCCUGCUCCGUGCCUCGUGCCCUCCACGCUGCCAGGGAGCCCCUGGGCAGCGAAAAGUUCCGGCUGCCCGUGACGGAGGGUGAUGUGGCGGCAGCAGUGGAGUGGGUGGGUGCGAGAGGGUGUGGGUUGCAGCAGCAGGGGGCUCACAGCCCUGCACCAGUUGGGAUGGAGGAAUGUAGUGUAAGCAGGGCAGCUGAUUGCUCAGAAGAGAAGGGCACUGGUGGAGAAGAGACAGGAGGUGGGGAGGGAGAAGUUAGUGGAGGGAGGGCGAAGGGUAGAAGCGGAGCAGCGAAGGAAGGUGGAGGAGAGUGGGAUGACGCUGGGGAAGCAGUGAGCAACGUUGCAUCCAGCAGCGCUUGCAACAAGCACGCACCAUCUCCCUCUCUAUCCCUCGCCCCACCACGUGCACACACGCCUCUGCUCACCCUCCUCACAUCCCUCCUCCACAGCAGCAGCCCUGCCGUGCGACUCCUCUGCCUGGUCUACUCGGACCUGCUCGCCCGCGCGUGCCGCAUGACGUGCGGGCUGCGCUUCGGCGCGCACUGGCUCGUAUACCCGGGCGGCGCGGACCCCAGCGACCUGCAUGCGCCGUGCAUGGUGCGCGUGCAGCGCCAGCACGACCCACUCACCGCGCAGCAGCUGCUGGCUGCGGCCCGCGUGGCCAUGGCCUCGAGGAAACGGCUCGUGCUGGCGACUGCCUCCGAGGGCCUGCUGCAAGGGGAGGGGUUCUGGGAAAGGUUUCUAGAGAGGUAUGGGGUGGUGCAGGUGGAUAGGCGGGAAGGGGAGGAGGGCGCGAGGCUGGUGAGAGGGAUUCUGGAGGGUGGGUUAGGGGGAGGAGAUCCCGGGGGGCUUGCGCUGCUGGGGGGGGAUGUGGCAGUGGAAUCUGCAGAGCUUGCCGAUCCGACCUGCAAGGCUGGUAGGGCCUCAGGGUGGGGAGGAGAGGCUGGUGAGAGCGAGGCAGCAGAAGGCAGAGGCAUGGGGGGGAGUGAGCAAGAGUGGGAGAAGCAGCAGCAGCAGCAGGUCGGGGGUAUGUGUUUGAGAGGGGAGGAGUGGGUUGAGUACACGACACUGGUGACUGACUUGGACUUCCUGCCUCUUGAGCUGCGCACUCAAAACCCCCUCAAGGCCAAGAUGCUGCUAGAUGGGCACAAGGGGAUGGCCAGGAGGGGCAGGAAGCCUAGUGUUGCCUAGAGUGCAUGUCACAUCUUAAUGUACAAAUUGGUUCUGAAAUGUCUAAGUCUAGGGAAGAAUGUGGAAAAGAGUAUUAAUU